AUGCUGCAUUGGAUAAUUAAAGUAGGCCGCUGGAACCCGCUGCCCAUCCAGUACCUGACUGACGCCCCAGAGGCCACCGUGGCGGACAUGCUGCUGGACGUGUAUCACAUGGUCACACUCCGCAUCCAGCUGCAGAGCUUCGCCAAGCUGGAGGACCUGCCGUCGGAGCAGUGGAACCACGCCACCGUGCGCAACGCCCUGAAGGAGCUCCUGAAGGAGAUGAACCAGAGCACCCUGGCCAAGGAGUGCCCCCUCUCACAGAGCAUGAUCUCCUCCAUCGUCAACAGCUCCUACUACGCCAACGUCUCCACCUCCAAGUGCCAGGAGUUCGGCCGCUGGUACAAGAAGUACAAGAAGAUAAAGGGUGAUUACCUGGAGAAGAUGUGGCCGAGUCGGGAGAACUCCGAAAUCAAAGUGGAGCGGGACAGCCUGGCCGAUUACUGCGUCCUGGGACAGCGGCCUCCUCCUCCUCACCUGGCCGGCCUGGCCCAGAUGGGCGGACCCAUGGGCGGUGGCGGCGGCGGCGGCGGCGGGUCCCUGGUGAAAGGGGGUUCGGGGGACCCCCAGACCCCGACCCCGCAGCAGCAACAGCAGCAGCAGCAACAGGCCCAGCAGCCCUCCCCCCACGGCCAGCUCCACCACAGCCCCCCGCUGCGCGCCCUCCAGCCCCUGCUGGCCCCCGGCGGCCUGCUGUCCCCCCACCUCAGCCCCCAGCUGGUGCGCCAGCAGUUGGCCAUGGCCCACCUCAUCAACCAACAGCUGGCGGUCAGCCGCCUGCUGGCCCACCAGCACCCGCAGGCCCUCAACCAGCAGUUCCUCAACCACCCGCCCAUCCCCCGCCCCGCCAAGCCCGGCGACCCGGGCGCCAGCCCCUCCGCCGUGGAGGUCUCGCCCGACAUCUACCAGCAGGUCCGCGACGAGCUCAAGAGGGCCAGCGUCUCCCAGGCCGUCUUCGCCCGCGUGGCCUUCAACCGCACCCAGGGCCUGCUCUCGGAGAUCUUGCGGAAGGAGGAGGACCCUCGUUCGGCCUCUCAGUCUCUCCUGGUGAACCUCAAGGCCAUGCAGAACUUUCUCAACCUCCCAGAGGGCGAGCGCGACCGAAUUUACCAGGAGGAACGUGAGCGCAGCAUGAACCCCCCCGCGAGCCUGCCCUCCACCCCCACCUCCAGCCCUGCCGGGCCCCGCCUCACGCAGAUGGUGUGGGAACGAAACAACGACGAAAAGUUAACUCCAGAAGCGUGGGCGAAUAUUUGGAAAAAUAAGCCCAAAAUCUCAAACUCGCCCAAGCCUCCGGGCCCCAGCCCCGAGCUCCCAGUGAAGAUCGAGUCCCUGGUCAACAUCUCCUCGGUCAUCUACGACGAGAUCCAGCAGGAGAUGAAGCGGGCCAAGGUGUCCCAGGCGCUCUUCGCCAAGGUGGCCGCCAACAAGAGCCAGGGCUGGCUGUGCGAGCUGCUGCGCUGGAAGGAGAGCCCCACCCCCGAGAACCGCACCCUGUGGGAGAACCUGUGCACCAUCCGGCGCUUCCUGAGCCUGCCGCAGUCCGACCGCGACCUGGUGUACGAGGAGGAGUCCCGGCACCAGCACAACGAGCGGCUGCACACCGUGCUUCACCUGCCCUCCGACCCGCAGGCUCUGCAUAGACAGCCCCCCCAGCCCAUGAAGGACCACUCCCCGAUGCGCGAGGACCCCAUGCCCGUGUCCCUGCCCGGCCCCGGGGCCGAGGAGACCCAGCAAGCGGGGGCCAGCUCGGCCAAGAGGCCCCGCUCCCGCACCAAGAUCUCCCUGGAGGCCCUGGGCAUCCUGCAGAGCUUCAUCCAGGACGUGGGGCUGUACCCGGACCAGGAGGCCAUCCACACGCUGUCCGCCCAGCUGGACCUGCCCAAGCACACCAUCGUCAAGUUCUUUCAGAACCAGCGCUACCACGUGAAGCACCACGGCCGGCUGCGGGAGCCCGGCGAGGCCGAGGGCGAGGGCGGCGGGGUGGACGUGGCGGAGUACCGGGACGAGGAGCUGCUCUCCGGCUCAGAGGACGCCGAAUCCGGCGAGGACGGGCACGAGGAGCUCUACGGGGCGGAGUCGUCGGGCGUGGGCGUGGGCGGAGCUACGACGGUGGCGGUGUCGGUGGCCCCGCCCCCGGAGGAGGGGAAGGACACGCCCCACCUGCUGUCCGCUCGACCCAGCUCUCUGCCCCCCAGCAACACCUCCCCGGGCCCCCGGGACACCAGCGAGCACCAGAGAUAAUGCGGCCGUCCCUCAGCGAGAGUCAG